UAAUCAGAUCGAAUACUGCAGCUCAUGCUCACAUUUCCCAUGCUGUUACCGGCGUGGCUCUGCAGCCCCCUCUCUCACAUCCACACUGGCAUAAAUGCACACGCACUGAGCACGGAUCUUCUCGUGUGCGCACUGGAAAGCAUCUUCGCACCGAGUGGAUAACAGCCUACUCCCGUUUAUUCUCUUCUUCUGUGUUUGCUGGCUCCUGUGAGCCGUUUUUUAGGGAGUGCGUCAGAGGCUUUGGCACACAGAUAUGCCUGGUGAGACGGCACAUCGGAGCGGCCCCACACAGGGCCUACUGGACUCUGGAGACACACAGUCAGAGCUACAGGGACCAGAUCUGUCUGGUCAAACAUCAAGCUCUUCAGCAUCAACUCCAACUGACAGCACCUCCAGUCCUUCUCCCGGCAGCCCUCCAAAAGUUUCCCCACUAUAUACUCCAUUUGGGCCCCGUCUAGUCAUGGCAAAACCAGCCACUUCUCCUCGUCCACAGCCUGAGGGCGCAAGCUUUGAAUUAGAUGGCCGCUCUGGAACCAUCAGCCGAUCCAUGGGCCGGUUUGGUAGAGGAGGCUGCAGACGAGGUCCUGUUAAAAUGGAACGAAUUAAAGUCCUAACUGGAGCAGAAAUAGAAAGUGACUAUCCAGAACCAGAGACCAUGGACACAAGGGUAGUUAUGGGGCAAGAGGCUUUACUAAAAAAUAUGGAAACACGGGGAAACACAAGGAAACAAACUAGUCAAGAGACAGCCAUUUCAGUUCACCAGACAUCAGAACCUUCUAUGAAAGGUCAAGUGGGGGUGGAUGAGAAAGCAAAACUUGAUACUGGUCAAAUGAGUGCCAGUGUGGACCAGUGUAGGAGUUUGCCUUUGGCCUCAGAAUGUGAGAGAAUUUCAGGGCAGUUACUUGAAUGUCCAGUCCUAGAGCCCAAAGUGAAAGAUGUAGAGGUAAUCGACAAUAGUACACUUUUCUCAGACCAUGAGGGAGAGCCUCUGUCUUUAUCUCAGGGUGAAGUGCCUUCCUUGUCAUUUUCCGAGCCACCCUACGUUGUUGACCCACAGUGCAUCGGUGUCCUUCCAGGACUCGAUCCUGAUCGUUACUAUACAGCCCCUUCCACUCCCAUUAAGAUGGCUUACUGCUCACAUCUCAAACAACAAUGGCGCCCAGGCAGCCCGACUCAAUGUCCUGGUUCCCCAACCGAUGAGUCUGAUCUAUGCUCCCCUCCUACCUCUCCCUCUGGCUCCUAUAUCACAGCUGAGGGUGGCAGCUGGACCUCUUAUACCUCUAGCACCUCCAACUCUUGCUCCCCAAAUCUAACAGCAGAAGCAGAGUUGCAAGAAGCUCCUGCUUGUUAUGUUGGGUCCCUCUCAGAAAUUGGUGACGAACUUGGAGAGGAACGGACAGUGACUGAGAGAGAAACUUGCCUAUGUAAACCAGACAUACCCGAGUUGUUAGAGGACGUGGCUUGUGAAAAGGAAAUGCCAUCAAGAGAAACCAGCAAAUCUAACUGGGAGACUGGACAUGACAAGUGCAGAAACACUGACUCCCACAAGAAAGCUAGAGAAUCUGAGGGCUCUCAGGUGUUGACAGAGAUUCAUAACACCCCUGAUGUAACUCAAGCUUUAAAUGAUCUGGGUCAUAGUCUGCAACUGGACUUGAAUGCCUGUGCAUCAGAACCACUUGCUAGCAUUGACCCCUAUCUGACAUCAGAUGAUAAUGCGACAGCUCCACCUGUACUUGACACAGGGAGAAUAACCCCUGUCACCCACUUCUCAGAGACUGCCGAUGUAGACAGUAGCAGGUUAUACCUUGAGAUAGGAUCCUCUGCUCCUCUGUUUUAUGACUUUAGGGAGGAUGGACCUGGGGGUGAUCCAAUGAUUCCUGCUUCUAUGUUGCCUUUUCAUGGAAGCCUAAUAUUUCAGGCAGAUUCCAUGGAGAUAACACUGUUCCCUACAGAUGAUGACCAGACGAAUGAUGUGGAUGCAUAUGCUGCUGGAGAGGAGGAAGCAGAUGUAGAUGAGUUUGAUGAUGAAGAUGAUGAAGAUGAUGGAGAUGAUGAAGAAGAUGUGGAAAAAGGCAGUGGUGCACAACAGCAAGAGGCACCUUGGAUAGGUGAAAGGGUUGUGGAAGACCCAAAUGAUGAUGACACCUCAGCAUCCUUCCUCAAUUCACUUUCAGAGAACUCAAUAAAUGAGGGAGUAGAUGAGUCCUUUGCUUAUCAGGAUGACACAGAGGAGUCAAUCGAUUCCACAUCUUACAACGAGGAUGAAGACGACCAUCUGUAUAGCACUGAGAAGCACGCUGAGCUUGCCGAAGCGUUUCCUGGGCCAGAUGAGGCAGUACAGUCAAUAAGCCAUGCAAAACCAGAAUCCUCUGGGAGUGAGAGUGAAAUGGAGAUAUCUUCUGGAUCAUCUCAGCCUCCACAUAUCGAAUUGCAGGAAAAUGUACCAGACUGCGGUGUCCGUGAUGAAAGUGUAACCAAAACACAAAUCUUAGAAUCAGAAUCACUAAAGGGUCAACCUUUAGAAGCAUCAGCAGCCAGAACAGUAGACGAGGAAGACAAGCAGAGUCCAGGUGCUUUAACAGUCAUGAUCACUGAAGACAUAGGACAGCAAAAUACCAUAGAUGCUCCAUCAUCAUUGGUUGAUCAAGACAAAUCAACUGGACAAGUUUCUGAUUUCUAUGGGGCAAGUGCCACCAUAGCUGAUAAGUGUUAUGAUACUAAUGUAGACGAUAAGCAGGAACUAGAUCAGAAAAAUGGAAAUAGCAUGGACUUUAUGGACACACCACUACAGCUGGCUCAAACAGCAACCAAUGACCUAAAUAAAGGAGUUCCUCAAUUAACAUACCUUGAUGAAUGCAGCCCCACAAACAUUCCAGUCUGUGCCUAUCCAGAACUGUCUGAUGUGGCAGAUAAUUUAACUUCAGCUGAUGUUUUACCAUCUGAAGGUUCCAUAAAUCAAGAUAAUCUUACAGAGAAUCAGCCUGGCAAUGAUGAUAUAAUCCAUGCUUCCCAAAAUAUGUCUUGUUUCACAUACAGCAGACUUGUUAUUUCACCAAAGAAAGAGAACUCUCAAAACAGCAUGACAGAAAAUGAACUUUGGAAACCAAAAGAUUCCUUAUCUUCAGGUGAAUGUUGUGACUUUGAGGCUGAAAAUCUGCUCAUGUGUGAGAUAGCCAGAUCAGUGAACAGUAAGGGUGUGUCUGUGGCUCAUAAUAUUGCUGCUGGUGAAGACAUCAUGGGUGACGAUGAGGACAACAAUACUUACUGUGACCUCCAAGAGAAAGUGGCAGAUAUUGAAGUAGGUGUUGUUGAGUCAAACAUUGCCAGCUGGAGAUCCAUCCAGGAUCUUUCAGAAGCAGGAGGAGGUGAGGAUGACGCAAAUAACCUUCAAAAUCCAGAAAGCAGUCCACUUAUACAUUGCAGCUCUGAAAGCUGUCUGGGGACAUCGUGGAAUGAUUCAGAAAAAAUGUCCACACCUGUGAUUUUGAGUGCUUCAUCCAAACUUUCACUGAAUAUGCUUUCAGAUGAUGGAAAGGAUGUGAAAGAUCAGACUCUUAACACUGACUUCAACAUUCCAGAGGACUCAUCAUCAGACAUAUUUAAGGAAGAAAUAUCUUCGAAAGAGAUGGCCAAGGAUUUAAAAUCUUGUCAAGGACCUGACAAAGUGCCAGUUUCGACAUUCAACAAUAUUUCCCAGGAACAAGCUGAUCUUUCUGGAUCUACCACAGAAACUACCAAGGAAGUCAUUUCAAACCAAUCAGAAAAUCCUGGUCCUGUUUCAGAUCAAUGUCAAGCAAACUUUCAGAGUAUUAACCUACCAAACGCUGACUCUGAAAACAAGCUCAUAUUCAACUUGCAAGGUGGAUCAUUUGGCACAUUCACUGUCAAAAAGAAAUCAACCAAUGGAAAGAAAGCUGAUUCUACAGAAGCUACAAAACUACAUGAAGAAACAACAAUAGAUUCCAAUGGCAGGUUUCCUAGUAAAGCUGAUGGAGAGAAAGUAAAACAACUAGAGGCGGAAAUAAAGAAAGAUGAAGUUAAAACUGAUGAAGUUAAAGCUGUCGGACAACUUCAGGAGCAAGACACUACAGCUGACCAUCAGGUUUCGAAGACAGUUGAAUUUAUCUCACAUAAGCAAGAAGAUAAGGAAGUAAAAGUGUGUCAAAAGAGAACGGUAGAAGAUUGUAGUGAGAAUGUUCCAUUAAAAAAUCCUGAUCAAGGUUCACCUAAAUUAUCGCUUUCAGAUGGUGAGAGAGAUAAGACAACACCAAAAACAACAAAUUUAAGUCAUGGUACCAAACCAAAGGUAUCUCAUGCCUUUAAAAACAACAUUGCAGAUUCAGACUCAAAGGAUAAAAAAGGCAUCCAGUGUAAAGAGAAGGAAAUGGAAACUGCAGCAAACCAAUGGUCAAAAUCUAAUAUAUCAUCACCGAGAGAGAUAUCAGAUGAGAUUCAGACAAAAGAGGAUGUCUCUGAAGCAGAGAAACUUGAAUCUCUUCAAACCCACAAACAAUCAAUGUUUUUUUCCACUGACUCCAGCUUUAUUGAUCUGAAAGAGCCUGCUCAUAAAAAAUCAAUGAGUCCAACAAAAACAACAGACCAUACAAGUCUUGAUGUUCAAAAGGAACUUUCCAACAGUUCUUUGAGUAUAUCAGGUCUGAGAGAAAGCACAAGAGACAUCAAUGACAAUCACGUAGAGCGCUCAUUAUCUCUCAGUAUGGACAGCUCAGAACAAGGCAGGAUCUCCCCAAAAUGUUCAUCGUCAGAUGUCCAAGAAGAGGACCUUUCUACUCCUAUACAGGAGUCCCAGCCCAUACAUGACACCUUUCAAACAUCUGCCAUCUUCUCCCAAAUUCAGCAAAGUCCAGACAAACCCUCUCAGCCUGACAUUCACUGUCCUCUUCAAACCACAAGGAUUAGCAGUAGAGAAUUCCCAGAAUGGGAUUCAGAGGAACAACCAACAACUCUGUAUCCUAUUCACAACACAUGCCAACAUGAGAGUGAUAGAACAAACCAUGCCAAGCAAUGCAGACAUGAGAACCCUGCAGUUCUUUGUAAAGGGCACCGAACAGAACAGUCUCACCCCACAACAUCUAUUGGACAAAGAGACGGUUUUGCCCAGAGAACCCUGAAUCAGUCUGAUGAACGGGAGAUCUUACCUUGCAUAGGCCCAAGACCAGACUUCAUGGCAAAAACUCAACAUACACAAGCCGGGCGACAUGAUAUUGAACGAGAUCUCUGCCCAAUUAACUACAGAUCAAGAGGACUGGAUGAUAUGGAUCUCUCCUUCAAAAACAACAUAGGUUCAGGUAAUGAGACAGAAAGUGAUGGUUCAGUGCCUGAACUAGAAGAACCCAGUGGAACUAUGCUGAGACCCUCAAACCCCCAGUUACCACAUUCUCCUGCUGAUGAGUCAGUGAACAGAGCUAAGCAGAGCCGAAGUGAGAAGAAGGCACGAAAGGCGAUGUCAAAGCUUGGUCUGAAACAGAUCCAUGGAGUGACACGCAUCACUAUUCGGAAAUCCAAGAACAUCCUUUUUGUCAUCACACGUCCAGAUGUGUUCAAAAGUCCAGCAUCGGAUAUUUAUAUAGUGUUUGGAGAAGCCAAGAUUGAAGACCUGUCACAGCAGGUACACAAGGCAGCGGCAGAGAAAUUUAAAGUUCCUCUCGACCCCUCACCUGUGCCAUCAGACAUCACACCAAGCCUAACCAUAAAGGAAGAGAGUGAGGAAGAAGAGGAGCUGGAUGAAGGAGGGCUGGAGCAGAGAGAUAUUGAGCUGGUAAUGGCACAGGCUAACGUGUCUCGAGCUAAAGCUGUCCGUGCGCUGCGUCACAAUAAGAACGACAUUGUCAAUGCCAUCAUGGAGCUGACCAUGUAGAAGAUCAUCUACUCCCUUUGCGUGUUUUUGCCCCCAAGUAAUGCUGCUAUAUUGCACCACCCAAACUCCUGCUGAAAUAAACCUGUUAAAACCAGAGCUGCUUGUUUCCCAACAUUAUCUCAAUUUGUGCACCUUAUAGACAAAAUGGAAAUGGCAUAUUAUACAAUCAUGAUAUAUUUUAAACGUACACACUUUUAAUAUCGCCUCAGUGGCUCAGUUGGUAGAGCAGAGAAAUAAAAGCUGAUAUCCUCAA